AUGGUGCAACUCAACAAUACGACUGACGAGCAUCCCGUGGAGGCUAAAAAUGGGCGCAAAAGGAAAUCACAUAGAAGUGGAUCUCAUUCAACACUGUCGCUCCUAAGGAAAGAGCUGCGAGAAGGAAACCUACAGUCUCUCCUUGGGGGUUCUUGUUUAGUGGCUUCAUCCAAUUCCGCACCUAAUCCGUUGUUGUCUUCUUUUAUUUUGCCCAUGGUUGAUGAUUUUGUCGGGGUCCAGCCUCACUUUUCUUGGGAAACAAAUACAACUGAGGAUAGUUCAGAAGCAAAUAAGUUGGAAAGAAAUGUUCAAUUGACUCCUCUUUCGGUCAAGGAUCAGGAAGAGAAGACAAAAAGAUGCAAGUUCAUUCAAGGGCUGCUGUUGUCCGCGAUGAUAUUUUAUGACUGCCUUCAAAUUGUUUGCUCCAACUGCAGACCCGAAAACCCUCGCAGACAUCAUGUUCAUGGCACAGAGCCCUGCGAUCUACGGUUUGAUAUGCUGUUUGUAGUGAAAACAUUGAUGUAUUUAGAAGCAAAAUGUUGA